AUGUCCUCCUACUCGGACGCUCAACCACAACACUCGAGUGUUCCUCCUUCUGCCCAACCAUACCAAUCCUUAUUUGGGGGUUCCAGUCAGGGUACUGUCGACCAAUCUCGGUACCCGUAUUCUCGAGAAGAUGAAACCCUAAAUCAACUCGACGGCUACGCUACGGCGACUGGUGGCCCGAGUGCUGAAUAUGAUGCAUCCGAUGAUGAUCUAGAUUACAUACAAACUAGUGAAAGGGAAACAUCAAACUCUCCAAGGGGAUAUUAUUCCGUCGCCAAGACUUUACCUGAUCGCCACGGCAAAUCUACACCGAGGACACGGGAAAGUAAAACUUCGAAGUCGCCACCUCCAUAUCGCCCUAACAGGUUCCAUGGACCGGCGCAUCUAUGGCUGAGUUUGACACGAGACGACAGGGAAAUAGUCGAAUCUUUAGAUGGGGUUCGUGCGAGGGAUCUGGCAGCUCAUUUGUACAAUGCCCAUAUGCUACAGUCGCAGGGCGUUGCGAAUUUGGAAAGUGGGAAUGUGGAUCAAAUGGAUGAGAGUGAAUCGAACCAUAAUGAAUCAGAUAACGCCAAAAUACCCAACAUGCUGGAAGAAUGGUCAGCCUGGCCAAUGUCUAGUGACGAAGUCCCUCGCGCUGGUGAGCGUCUCCGACGGCUAGAAGACGACAGAUGGACCUUUAGAAUGAAGUCAGACCCGCGGCCUAGCGCAGAGCUUGAAGAGUGUAUCAUAGCGCUAUUACUGAGAACAGCGAAAGAACGGUUUAAUUCCAGGGAAUGGGACUCGCUAGCCGUUCCAGACAGGAAAGGCGGUGCUCAGUCAGAUACUGAUGGAGGUGUAUCUGGUAUCGAAGGAGAUCUGAAAGCCAGCGAGCGGAGCGAGGGUGAUGGCUUCUCUACAACGGAGUGGGAAAGUGAGCAGGAAACUGCGCGCUCACACCUUCGCCCAGUGGUCCAAUUAGAUGAUGACGAAUCGCGGCGAAAACUACGACCACUUGCUCGAAAUGUGAUCACCCACUUCGAGACCUUGCUCAUGGGACUUCAUCGUUUCCAUGGAGCAUCAUACUCCGAUGAUGGUCGGUCAACCCGAAGCCGGUCAAGAGGUAGAAAACGAGCGCGGAGCUCAUCGUUGGCGUCCGAUAUGAGUAGUGUCUAUUCCAGGGACACACCAACAGAAGACAGCCAUACCGAUGCAGAUAGCAUUCAUGGGCGUGCGUCAUCUUCCAGGAAAAGAUCUAUACAAGCACUAGAGCGAAGCUAUUCUAGAGGCCGCAAGCGCAUACGGCGAACAUCCCAGUCAUCACAGCAGAGCAAUGCUCAUACCAAGAGUAACUCAAGACCAGGAUCACGCUCUAAUUCUAGAAUCAGUAAUGGCCGAUCUGGGCUGACAGAUUGGAAAGAUGUCGCAGGUAUUGCCUCCAUGAUAGAGUUGCCGCCUGCCGUCCUUCGGCGUGCCGUUCGGCGAUUCUCCGCCCUGGUCGGCGAGAAUAUGGAAUUUCCAAUGAUCCCUGAAAACCCUGGCCCACAGUUUAUGGAGAGUGUGCUCGAGUGGACCUCUACACAAGGCGGCUUGGCCCUGGUAGGACUGCUCUCAAGUCUGCUAGCAAGGCAUCAUCUCCCAGAGACAGUGGCGCAAACAGCGAGCAGAACUUGGUGUGCCCCUUCAAGAAAUGUAAUCGCCAUACGAAAGGGUUUUCUCGACGAUGGAAUUUGA